AUGUCAUCAUCGAAGGAGAUAAGUAUAUUAUCAACAAAAAUUUCUUCAAUGAAACCUUUCAAUGCCAUAAUAGAGGAAGUCAGAGACAGCCUAUCAACUCCUGAAGAGCUACAAAGAUUUCAUUUAGUAACCAGAAAGGAUCCACAUAAUAUUGAAAGUAGUUUCCAAUUGUCAUCGAAUUCUGUAAAACAUCCAAAUGAUUCAAUAAGUGUAGACCUGGAAGCAGCAGUGAUAAAGUUGGUUGAUGAUUCUGACACAACUGAUUUUGGACAAUAUUUGAAAGAAAACUAUAUGAAAACUGCAAAAUAUUGGGCUUAUUGCUACAGACUACAUUGUGGCCUAAAUACAGAUAUGCAUGUAGAGAAUAUGCAUAAGUGCAUUAAACAUAUAUAUUUUCAAGGAAAGAGACUAAAGCAUCUAGAUAAAGCCAUUCAUGCUUUAAUGACUUUUUUAAGAGAUAAGAUGUAUGAUAAAAUCAUUGUCAUGCAUAAAGGAAAAGUAACAAGCAAGCUUUCUGAUCUGAGAAAAAGGCACAAAAUUAGUUUAAGCUUAUGCAAAGAUCUUCUUAUAAAAGAGGAUAACACAUGGAAGAUUCCUUCAUCAAAUGGAUCAGAUAUCUGUACAGUUGCUAUGAUAAAAGAAAAUUGUGAAUGUCAAAUAGUAUGUAAUAAGUGUAAAUCUUGCAUUCAUAUGUACACAUGCAUAUGCAUUGAUUCAGCUAUCAAAUUCAAUAUGUGCAAACACAUUCAUCUUGUUUGCCAGUUGAGAGCUGAAUCAGUUUCAAAACACUGUGAAGGACAGCAGGGAGAACUUCUUAUAUAG